UCCUGCCCCACGAAGUGUUCCUCGGGUUUGCAUUGUCGCAUACAGUACUUCCACGUCUUCUUAAGUUUUUGACGAAGCUGCCUGUCAUAAUAUCUUGACUCUAUAUAAGCGAGGGGAUCGUCGGACUCUUCAUAACACUGUGGUCUUAAUCUAGGACACGCGUUUUGCACUCCGGGUUUGGCCGGGAACAUGCGCUCCAUUUUGGGUUUAAUCGCGUUGGUCGGCGCCGCAACUUUUUACCUCUACCUCUUGACUGUUUUCUUACCGCCGGGUCCGCGACAUGCUCGCCUUGAUGAAAGUGGAGCGCCAAUCGCUAAUGAAGUUGGGGAGUUGGAAAUGGAAGAAGACAGGAUCCACUUCCCUUCAGACCUGGAGGAGCUCAGGGCACUGGCAAACCUGCUGAAGUUCUACAAAGCAAAGCACAAGGUGUAUGUGUAUGUGCUUUUCUGCAGUGCCUACCUGUACAAGCAGUCCUUCGCUAUACCUGGAUCGUCCUUCCUGAAUAUGCUAGCGGGGGCACUGUUUGGGACAUGGACUGGCCUCCUAAUCGCCUGCACCAUGACCACCCUGGGUUCCACCUUCUGCUACCUUCUCUCCAGUACCUUUGGCAAGCAGCAUGUUGUCCGUCUCUUCCCAGACAAGGUUGCCAUGCUGCAGAGGAAGUGUGAAGAGAACAAAAGUAGUCUUUUCUUCUUCCUGCUUUUCCUGAGAUUCUUCCCUAUGACUCCCAACUGGUUCCUAAACAUCACCUCCCCAAUUCUCAACAUCCCCAUCCCUAUUUUCUUCUUCUCCGUCUUCAUCGGCCUGAUCCCUUACAACUUCAUCUGCGUCCGCACGGGCUCCAUCUUGUCCAAGAUCAGCUCUCUGGACGACAUCUUCUCCUGGGGGACACUGCUGCAGCUGCUGGUCAUCGCCUGCGUGGCCCUGCUCCCCGGCGUGCUCAUCCGCCACUACAGCAAGUCACACCUCAAACUGGACGGCCUUGAGCCCAAUGGACACCAUGCCGCCAGCCCUGCCACCAACGACCGCAAGACCAGAUGACCACCAGGGCGGAGACACCUGAAGGUUGUGAGGAUACGGCAGACUACAGCAUAACGAAUUACUUACAACUCAAUAUGAUAUUGCUUUAUUUGAUAACAAAGUGAUGUGAUAUUGAUCAUUUACUCAUUUACACUUUACUCUGAUAGUCCGUCCACAGAGACUUAACAGAUCAUCUGUUAAGAUUUAAGUGUAGUAUGUAAUGUUGUUGAACAAUUAUUGAACAUCACCUUAUAACCAAAGGCAAUCCUGCCCGUGCGGACGCAGGUGAAGUUGUAAGGGAUCAGGCCUGGAAGAGCUGAGGAAAGUGGACAUAGUGUGUUGAAGACUGUAGAUAGUCUGUUAGUCUGUGGUCAAACUAUCCAAGUAAAGUGUGACCGAUCAUUUAAUUUGAUAUAUUAUCAACAUUUUUUACACUUCAUUAGCAACUAUUAAUAAUAAAACUGGGUGGUGAGGGGGGGCCUAGGGGAUUAACAGGAAGUGCUGAGGUGCGUUCAAAUUUGCGAACAUAGGCAUACGUUCAAAAACGUUUGCGAACAAUUUUCUGUUUGGCUUUAGUUUUUCGCGAACGUUUGCGAACACUCACAAACAGUUUGAGGAGGUAGUUCUCCGCAAACAUGUUGGGAGUUGGACAGAGAGUUACCACUGAGAUGGAAUGUUUACACAAAAUCGUUCAAAUGUAUCUGUUCAUAAAAACAUGUUUGCCGUGAACGUUCGCCUCUUUCAAUGAAAUUGAACGCACCUCUGGUGUCCCCCCUGUUUUUAAUGUUUAUAUGAGUGAUUCAGACUGCUGCCCCUGCAAUCCACUAUGGCCCCCCCAGAUCUCCACUCACCCCCUCAAAGGAAGUAAUGGUCCAUUGGAGGAUGUGGAGGGAGGGACAAUCUUAGCAAGUCUUAAAACACUGCCUGCCAGCUAUGCUGGACAAAUGUAUGUAAGCUAUGAAGCCUUAAUGCUCAAAUGUGCACCAGCACAUACACGCACAGACACACACAAACUUACAUACGCCUUUGCACACACACACAAACACGCACACACGCACACACACACACACACACACACACACACACACACACACGAGUCACCAAAGAAAUGAGCAGCUUUGUGAUUAUGCCUGCUGUUAAGUGUGAUUAUUUAAUAAUUUAAUAUCUUGAAAAGAUCAUUUAGCUAAUUUAAUACAAUGAGGGAGAUUCUAAAUGCAACAGUAGAUACGUACACGUACCCUCACACUACACCAUACAUGUAUUUUUGGUUCAUGUGUGACAGAUGUAGCUUGUUGCUAGCUGCUUUGCUCAAUGCCCUUCAAUGAAAUUAGGGCCUAGCAUUUUCAAAAUGUCAAAGUUACAGUGACUGAUGCUACUAAAUGACAAGCUGAUACACAUGUAUUGUUUUUCACUAGCGGUGAACUAAGAGAUGAAAUACUGUAGUAGCAUAGCAUCACAGCAACACACAGCAGUACCUGUCGAGAGAAACACCACACUGCCCUUACAUUUAUGUUUACACUGACUAUUUGAAUGCUACUGUGUAGUCAGUCCCUUGUAAUGUUUGUGUUGUGGCCAUCUGAAGUACUUUAUAGUAGCCUGAACACUUGUUUUAUUUGAACCAAAGCUUCUGCACUGCAAUGAUGCAUUUGAGUGUCUUGACUGUGAGCAUCAACACACUGGGCUUCCAUAAUGGGCUAUUUAUAGAAAAAUCUUAAGGGCAAAAUCCAAGGAGAUGUAAGGUCUUUUGUGAUUAUAUCUAUCCCAUUUAAAUUAUUUGCCAUAAUAUGGAAACCAGUAUACAAUUAUUAUAGACUAUCUAGUAAAUAAUUUCUGAUGUUGGUCCUUGGUAAUGACCCCCAGAUUGAUUCUGUUUAUUAUUCUGAGUUUAUACUGAUUCUGUAUAUUUCUAAUAUCAUUCUUCAUUAAUACUAAUCAUUAAUAUAAUCAAUCCCAAACCACAUUGCAAAAUCAAAAGCUAUGUCUAGUUUUCAUAUUUCAUAUUUAACCUUUCACAUUAGGCACUGGUGAAUGAUAGCAACAUGGCAGUUUGUCACAUGUUGAUGAUGCAACUCCUGUUGCUAUACUUGUUUGAAUAACACUCUUUGGCAUUUGAUGUGAACGUACACACAUAUGCAUGGGUGCAAGGGCAGCUCUAUCAGAGUAGCUUAAACGCACUUCAGUAUGAUAAAAAAACAUUGCUGAGGAUAAUGUGCUCCUCUCCAAACUGUUAGGGACCAUACACCCUGUCCCCUUUGCCAGCUGUUGUGAAAUCAGCUGCUACAGACAUCUGCGACACUGUGGAGCACUGAGGCGCUGUAAACACUAUGCCCCAACCACUGAGUAGAUUCAAUUAGCUCCACGCCAGCCUGACAGCACAGUAAUGAUGUGACUCAUUAAGACGUUCACGUCUCACCAGAUAUUUAAUACAUUUUGCUAUGAAUUCCAUUGUGAAUAAUCUCUGUGACUUAGUUGGUUGAGUUACUUAAUAACAAGAAAGAAACCAUUACCCCAAGUCAAGACUUGUCCCUGAUGUUUUAAUUAUUCGUCAGGAAAUACAAAGCUGCUAUGUACUGUAUUGACAAUAAGACAGUGUAGCACGUCUUCACCAAUGAAAAGAUUUGUCCUGGUGGUCUAGUGUGUUGGUGGAACAGUGUCAUGAUGAUGUCUCAUUUAUUUUCUGUUGAUUGGUUUUCUUGUCUCUUACUGUAGAAAUGACUGACUGUAAGUCCGUGCUGCUGCUUGUACUUUGUAUUGUGCAUUAAUGCAAUGUUGAAUUAGUGCAAUAUUUUAUAGUGCCAAUGUUUGGAGGUUAUUUAGUUUAAAUUGAAUGAAUAGCAAUAUUGCUAUAUUUUGAGCACCAUGUAGUAAUUGUAAAGUUUCUCAGGUAGCUGUUUGAAACAAAUAAGUAAAGCCAGAGACUUGUGCCUUAACAAGUGAUUUCUAAGUCUUUUUUUCAUAUUAGAAGUAUGAGUCCUUGAGCUAUGUUGGCUUAUCCUUAGGAUUUGUAGAUUCUCCCACAUAGUUUCUCCCACACCUCCAACAGUUUUCGCUUUAUUUAUUUUAUUUAAUUGUAUGCAUUUUUGACCGAGUUGAUGGUGAAUAUUUGUAUAUUUUGAAUUACAAGAGCAGGGAAUCUCAUCCUGUAUGCCAGUUACAGUGCAACACGGAUAAUAAGCAGCUAAUGUGCUUUCUCAUCCCAUGUGUCCUAGGAGAGGCUUAAGGCAAACGCUUCUGCUAACUUUAAAUGCCAAGUGUAGUGUUGGAAAGAAUUCAUUUGUGUACCCUUCAACCAUCCCUCACAUUAUCCCAUAAUAAUUACUAUUGUUUUAUCAUAUUAUUAACGACAGGGGCAUUUAGGUAGAUUUUAUCAUGCAAUACGUGCUUGAAUUGAGAUUUACUAUUUGAUGUGAAGUCCGUCCUGCUACACUGAACUCAUAAUGAUUUUACAAGCACAGAACUUAUGUCUUAUUUAAUUUUAAAAGUGAAAUGGCUUUGUAAUGUGUAAAUAAAUCAAAUAAAAUGUUCAUUAAC